AUGAUUAUUGAAGCCGAAGCUGUUUUGUUGGAACAGAAGCGUCUAUUAGAUACUAACAUUGAAGUAGUAUCAUUUGAAAUCAAUUUAAAAUUUUAUUCACUCAUCCCACAUAAUUUUAAUUUUGUAUUAGAUUUAAACAAUCGUCGAGUAUUAGCAGAAAAAAUGAGUUUAUGUCAAAUGCUUCGUGAUAUGUUAACUGUAAAUGAAAUAACAAAUUGGAAUAUAAAAGCAUCAAUAGAAGCAAAAUACCGUUCAUUAAACUGUUAUAUAAGUAAAAUAGAUAAAGAUUCCGUUGAAUUUAAAAAACUUACUAAUAUGAUAAAUUCAUCAACAGAUCCAAAUGAAGAAGUUAUUGUAGACAGCAUCUUCGAAAUCACGCGACAAACUGAAACAAUAAAUUUUAAAGCAACUUUACAUAAUCAAUGUCAACUAUUUCAUGGUUCUAAAUAUAGUAAUUUUCUUGGAAUUCUAUCACGAGGUUUACUGAUGCCAAAAAUCGUAGUUAAUGAAUUAGGUGGAUCAAGAAGUGAUAUUGGUCAUUUAGGCUGUGGAUUAUAUUUUUCGGAUUCCGCGAGGUAAAGAUUAUUUUAGUCGCAACAAAAGAAGGUAGGUGGUUGUUUCUUUAUUAACUCGACAACAAUAAGUGCUGGAGAUCUGUACUUUUCAGCAAUUGUAAGUAGAGAGUUGUGACUCACUUUUCAUAAGCAAAAGUUGAUUUUGAAAGACUUUUAAAGGUCGAAUUUCCAGAGGAUCUUUGAAAAACCACCUCGGAUCUCUGGGAACUGGCAUAAUAGUCUAC